GCGUAAAAGCCAAACCACCGCUGACUCCUGAAUGAAGCCUGAUGACUGAACUGCGUGUUUUGAUUGGAUCAUCCUAAUGCAGGCCUGGGAGGAGUGAACAACAGAGACCGGACAGGGUGGCAGUCAGUCAGGGAGAGAAAAGGAGAGAAAAGCAUGUCUCUGACUCCGAGCGCAUCUGCCAGCCUGCAGCCUGCAAAGAUGAAAAAGGACGAAUCCUUCCUGGGGAAAUUAGGAGGAACCUUAGCGCGAAAGAAACGAGCUAAAGAAGUGAGUGAUCUCCAUGAGGAGGGGAAGAACGCUAUCAAUGCUCCUUUGCUUCCUUCAGCAACAGAAAUCCAUCCAGAGGAUACGCUGCUGGAAGAAAAUGCUGAAAGGAUUAUGCUGGACCCCACGUCACGGGAAGAUCUCAAAUUUAAAGAUCUAGUGAAGGUACUAAUUGACUGGAUCAACAGUGAACUGGCGGAGGAGAGGAUCAUAGUGAAAGACCUGGAGGAGGACUGUUACGAUGGACAAGUGCUACAGAAGUUAUUUGAAAAGUUGUCGGAUCGGAAGCUGAAUGUAGCAGAGGUCACCCAGUCGGAGAUUGGACAAAAGCAGAAGCUUCAGACGGUUCUGGAGGCCGUCAACAAUACACUGAGGCCCCACGGCUGGACAGUGGAGUGGAGCGUAGACUCGAUUCAUUCAAAGAACCUGGUGGCUAUCGUUUACCUGCUGGUUGCUUUGGCCAUGCACUUCCAGGCUCCCAUCAGACUACCUGAGCAUGUGUCUGUACAGGUGGUGGUGGUAAAGAAGAGAGAAGGAAUCCUGCAGACUGCUGUGGUGACCAAAGAAUUGACCAGCACCACAGAGAUGAUGAUGGGGCGAUUUGAGAGGGACGCGUUUGACACUUUGUUGGAUCAUGCGCCUGACAAGCUCAAUGUAGUAAAAACGUCCCUUAUCACCUUCGUGAACAAACACCUGAACAAGCUGAACUUGGAGGUUACUGAGCUGGAAACUCAAUUUGCUGAUGGAGUGUACCUGAUUUUGCUGAUGGGGCUGCUGGAAGACUAUUUCGUCCCUCUAUACAACUUCUUCCUCACCCCUGAAAGCUUUGAGCAGAAGGUUCACAAUGUGGCUUUUGCUUUUGAGCUGAUGCAGGAUGGAGGCCUGAAGAAACCAAAAGCCAGACCAGAAGAUGUUGUCAACUUGAACCUUAAAUCCACUCUCAGAGUCCUCUACAACCUCUUCACCAACUACAAAAACUCCGACUGAACUGGUAUCCCUGAUAUUACACUGAAUACGGAGUAUCUCUGAACAGACCAUAAUGAUGUUAGCUUAGGCUAACAUCAUUACAGUGUGGACACUGGAGGAGAGCAUCUGGGACUGAGAGACAUCAUCAUUAUCUAUAACCCCCCCCCCAAAAAAAACAACCAAGGAGGAAAGGACAGAAUAAGUGAAAGGAUAAAAUUUCUUCUUUGAUCAUCUCUAAAUGUCAGUAUUUAUUUAUUCUAUGCUCUGUAACGCAGCGUGACCUUUAGCUUGCAUUUAAAUACAGCCAUCAGGGAAAAAAACACAAGUCAAAAAGGCCUGUGUUAAACUAUUUGCCUUCAGUGCCGAAUAUUCUUCAGACAUUUUCAAAUGUCCCAGGAUUCUUCUCUUUAUGCAUUUUUAAAAAAUAAGUGAAAUUAGAUUUUAUAUUUUAGGUAAAAAAUGCUUUACUUUUUUGUUGCAAAAACCAACCAAGCCCAGAUGGUUCAAACAGCGUGUUAUAAUUGAUCUUUUCAUGUAAUUGUUUAGACUAUGAAAAAACCUAAAUAGUAACAUGAAUGUGAGAGAUUGUGAGACAUGCUUCUGUUUUCUUUAAAACUUGUCUUCAUAAAUAUGGUGUAAAAGUACACAAAUAUUAUAGUUUUCAUUUUAAACAUAUUUAAUUAAAAU